AUGGCUUCCAUACUUCGCAGCAGCAGACUAUCCCUUCGUGCAAGCUACUCUCCCUUCAUUCGACCAGCAUCGCGUCUUACUUCCACUUCCAAGACCGUCCAGCCCUGGCGCGGCUACGCUCAUAGCUCCUACGGCGGCGAGGGCGAGACCCAGGCUGAACAGCCCAACACCUCCCGCAACGAGCCUACUCGAGACCUCGAGCAUCCGGGCCCGCCCGCCCCAGACGUUGGUGGUUCGUCGAAGAAGUCCCAGCAGUCCAGCAACAACAGUGGCAGCAAGGACACCGGUCAUGGCACUGGCACUGGCGUCGAAAGCAAGAGUCACAGUAAGACCACACCAUCCAACAAGGCCAAACCGACCAUCACGGACGGCGAGAAUUCGCCCAAUGCAGAGAUCGAUGGAACAGUGGGAGACAACGCAUCGGAGGAUGUCAAGAGACACAACCAGGAGAUGGACCAACGAAUCAUGGGUGCCUCGACGAACAAGUACUCGGUCAUCCUGCCGACCUACAAUGAGCGGAAGAACCUCCCUAUCAUCUGUUGGUUGUUGGAGCGGACGUUUCGCGAGAACAACCUGAACUGGGAAGUCAUCAUCGUGGACGACGGGUCCCCGGACGGCACUCUGGAGGUGGCCAAACAGCUGCAGCAGCACUGGGGCGCGGAGCACAUCAUCCUGAAGCCGCGGGCGGGCAAGCUGGGGCUGGGGACGGCGUACAUCCACGGGCUGCAGUUCUGCACGGGCAACUACGUGAUCAUCAUGGACGCGGACUUCAGCCACCACCCCAAGUUCAUCCCGACGAUGAUCGACAUCCAGCGCGAGACGGACGCGGACAUCGUCACGGGCACGCGCUACGCCGCCCGCGGCGACAUCAAGGGGGGCGUCUACGGCUGGGAUCUGUUCCGCAAGUUCACCUCGCGUACGGCCAACCUCAUCGCCGACGUCAUGCUCAUGCCCGGCGUCAGCGACCUGACGGGCUCCUUCCGCCUGUACAAGAAGAGCGUGCUGGAGAAGGUUAUCCACAGCACCCAGUCCAAGGGGUACAGUUUCCAGAUGGAGAUGAUGGUCCGCGCCAAGGCGAUGGGUUUCAAGGUCGCCGAGUGUCCGAUCACGUUCGUGGAUCGUUUGUUCGGCGAGAGUAAGUUGGGCGGGCAUGAGAUUGUCGAGUAUUUGAAGGGAGUGAUGACUCUGUGGUUGAAGGUUUAA